AUGUUAAAUUUUACAGAUGGGCCUGAAGGUCAAGGGCAAAACAAUGUUCAAAAUUAUAGACCACCUAUAGGAGACGGACAACUUUCUGAAAUUGCCGGUGGUGCUCAAAAUGCUUUUCCACUCGGACAAGGCGCGCUUAAUCCACGUAAUCCUUCUAAUUCCAUAAAUGCUCCAUUAGGACAAGAACUUUCUCUACCUGGAGGUGGAGGGGCCCAGAGUGGUCAGCUGUUAGGACAAAUUGUAACACUGCCUGGCAAUGAACAAAGUAAUAUACCAUUAGAACUGCCUUCACUACCUGGCAAUGUUCAGAGCAUACCACCAAAUCUUCUCGGCACUCUCCAAAAUCUUCAACAAGCUGAUCCAAACAAUCUCCAAAACAGUUUACCUUUGGGCGAAGUUUCAAGCAUUGCUGGUAAUGUUCCAAGUAUUGCUGGAAUACCAGGAGGAAGUUUGGCAAGUAAACCUACCAGCGCGAUCCAAAAUUCUUUACCAGCAGCAGGACAGUUAUCAAACAUACCCGGCGUCGGUGGUCAAAAUAAUUUACCGGGAGUUGGACAGUUAUCAAAUUUUCCUGGCAGUGGUGUUCAGAAUAAUUUACCGGGAAUAGGACAGUUAUCUAAUAUUCCCGGCAGUAGUGUUCAGAAUAGCAACUCUGGAUCUCAGGAUGGCAAUAUUGGAUCACAGAGUGGAAACGCUGGAUCACAAACUGGCAAUAAUGGCAACACCGGUCAAAGUAAUGAUUUGAGAGAAUUAAUACGUCUUCUCACCACUAUAAUACAAAACCGUAAUUCAGACAACUCUGGAUCACAGAACGGCAACAGUGGAUCACAGAACGGCAACAGUGGAUCACAGAACGGCAACAGUGGAUCACAGAAUGGCAACAGUGGAUCACAAGGUCCUAGUAAUGACAACGCUUUACCACUAGGUAACGAUAACGGAGUUACUGGUGGCGAAAACAUUUUAGCUAGAGGUGCAGUAGGUAACGGUGGAUCACAAAGAAAUAAUGGCACAGCUGGAUUACAGGGUGGAUAUAAUGGCAAUAAUGGUCAAAUGAAUAAUAACUUCUGGGUCCCAAUGGUCAAUUGGGAAAAUAUGCCUAAUGGUGUAGGUCCAGAUCUUGACAAAGUAAACGUCGAAAGACCUUGCCACGCUUCGUUUGAGGAGUGCGUCAAACAGUAUUUCGUACAGCACGCUCAUUGCAAGCUAUCUUACGACCGUGUACCAGAGCCCUUGGUCAGACCUGUCUCUACGACGUAUCUUGCAAGAGUCAACCUGACUUUGAGUGCCUCUGAUGUUAUAUACUCUGGUCUCAAUGGAAAUAUUGAGGAGUUCUACGUGAACAAAGAAACUGACAAACUGGUGAUCACCAUUCGGUUCAGGAACGUGACAUAUUACUCCAAAGACACCUUCUACACUUUCCACCGUCGUGGCAGGGAGCCUGUGGUUAACGUGGACUACCUAUUCGCUAACUUUCGAUCGUUGACUACAACUACAGUUAUACCAUACAUCGACGACCUGAAGUUGGACAGAAGCACGACGCAUGCAUUCGUUGACGACGCAAAUCCUAGAUUCAACUUCGGACCCUGGGCAUUCGUCAAUUCAGAUCGAAGUGUGCGAGAGACACUACCAACACUGAUGGCCGACAUGCGCACAAACGUUCAAGAAUUCUUCUUAACCGAAGCAGCAUUCUUUGCUGUCACCUAUAUACAGCGUAACCUUUGUGAUUUUGGUUUCAAAAUACUAUAAACGUUUGAUUAGUUGAA